AUGCGCCGUCAGAUCGACCUGUUUAAGGGGCAGACUCAGCUCGAAGGAAAAUAUUGCAAGUUGGUGAAGUCUGCUGUACAGAAAUUGGUGGUGUUAGAGCAAGAAAACAAGGUUCUUUCCAGAAAGCUUAGAGCUGAAAAAACAUCAACUGAGCAAUUAAAUCGACUAGUGUGCUUGUUCGAAAUAAAAUGCGAAAGAUUGGAGGAUGAGAAAGCUGACCUUACCGCUAGCCUUUCUAUCGCAAAAGAUGAAUCUGAAUUUUAUCGAGAGUGCAUGCAUAACUUGGGUCUGGACAAUGAGCUGUCUACUAUUUGA